CAGCUAUGCCAAAUGGAUAUAGCUACAUCAUUUAACAAAUGGAUUCAUUUAUCUGAAAAUGAAAUUCAGGGGUCAAUUUAAUAUGGGCAACCUACACCAUUUUGUAGGGUGCCUUUUGUCACUCAGCAGACUAGCAGUUGAACAGUCAGAUAUGUUCAACUCAUUGUUGCGGAUAACAAGAGAUAAGGUUUCAAUCAUCAGUAAAACGGUGCUGCACUCAGAAGGAUACCUCGAAAUUAAUACCGAUGAACUGUUCAACACAGGAUACUCUUUAACAGGUGAUAAGGAUGAUACAAUCGCAUUAAAUAUUAGUGUCAACUCACUGUUCGAAACUCUGAACGCAGCUGUUAACAGCGAUACCGCCACACUCAAACUCAAAAGAAAUGGAGAAACAACAACGCUAUCAGUGACAUUCCCUGAUCGUACACUACCCAGUAUAUCUAUCACACUGGAUAUCGUCAUCAUGCCAACAAAAGAAUAUAUAAAAUCGGACUCCGUAAUGCCAAUGAUACCACCAUGUAGAUGGAACAUUGGAAUCACCAAAUGCCAGAGCCUAAUAUGCUACCUAGAAACAGCUCAUAAAAUGGGAAACGAGUAUACAGAAUUCGAAGUAUAUACAAGAGGAAAAGAACAGACAAUCUGCACACCAAUGAACGAUGCCGAUGAAGUAAUUGAGAAAAGGUUUAAACCAAAUAGCGAUAAACCAUUAAGGACUACUAUCAAAAAAAAUAGAAUCAUACAUUCAUCAAAACAUAGCGAUAGUGACAGCUCGGAUAUAGAAUGUGAAGCAACAGAUGUAAUGUUAAAAGUUAAAGCACCCGGACUGCUAGCUGAAUUAGAAACCACAUUUCAAGGACUGCAAGCGUUUUCGUCAUAUGAUACCUCAAAACCAAAAAUAAAUCCUCAUAUAAGACCGAAAACAGUACUAAGGACUGACUCCAUAUAUAGCCUAUGCAAGAACGCAGUUGACUCCAUCAUAUAUAAUAAACAUGAAGCACUACUGGUUGUUGCAAUACCAGACGACUACGAAGCGACAGAGUGGACAUACUUCAUAUUGUCAGUGACAGCCCUGGAAAGCUGCCAAAUGGUAUUCAGCAUACACAACUAUGUCCAUUAAUCGUAAAU